CACGAAAACUCAUGAAGAGAGGCAGAGAUAAGGAGAGUGAGGUGGGCAUGGCUAAUUGUUUGAUGUUACUGACCAAAGUUGGUGAAACUGAAACCCCAUCAAGAGAGAGGGUUCUAAGUUGUGGUGAUUUUAGGUGCAAGACAUGUAACAGGAAAUUCCAUUCGUUUCAAGCACUUGGGGGCCACCGAGCCAGCCACAAGAAGCUAAAACUCAUGGCUUCAAACCUUUCGUGUUCGAUGGCACAAAAAAAGCACCAGUGCCCCAUUUGUGGGCUUGAGUUUGGGAUUGGACAAGCCCUCGGAGGGCACAUGAGAAAACAUAGAUCAGCUUCCUUAAAUGAAGGUUUGAUAACUCACGAUCAUGCUGUGCCAACAUCUAAUGGUGCUGAAAGGCUUCGUUUGUGCUUGGACUCGAACUUGGGACCGUACGAGAAUGAUCUCAACCUCAUUUUAAGGACACCUGUUUUAAAUUUGUUCAUUUGAUCGAUUGGAGUGUUUUUAGGGCGAACUGUUGUUGGAAAUAUUUUAACUAUUUUUUUGGUUACUUAAUUACUUUGCCGUGAUUUUAGUUUACUGACUUACGCGUGACUCUAUACUCUAUAGGGUUCUAUGUAUAUUCAUGGUGCUAUUGGAAAAUUUUGCUGACUACCGUUAAGCAAAGCAUAUUAAGCAUACUGUCAUGGUUCUUUUCAGGAACAUGUUCUGAAAAGCAACUUUCAAUAUGAAUGAAGGAUUCAGUUACUGUUAGUUGAGGGUAGUUGUAGUUGAUUGCAUUUGUCAUGGUAGAGAUACCAUUAACUGUAUCAGAAGCUAUUGUUGUAUAUAUAUAGCACAAUCCUCCACUGUAUUAGUUAAUCCAAUCAAAUAGAUCUCAGCAUCCAA